UGUGGGCGGAGAAAAAAGCCUAGUAUUUUGUCCGUCUUGAAAUUUGAUUCAGAAGUUCAGGAUCCCUGGAAGACAAAAGCAAACGGAGGGGGAGGGAAGAACGGCGGAGAAGGGAUUUUUUUUUUUUACGCUACUGCGAAAAGAGUGAACUCACCAAAUCUGGAAGUGCUUCGACCAAAGCAGUGUGACUAUGAGCAUCUCGGGGGUUCAGGCCACAAACCGGCAGAAUGUGAAGGAGCUUGACAGCAUGAAGGAGUCCAUCAGUGACAUCAUCAACCAGCUCCAGGACAUUGACCCCACCAGGCUCUCCUUCUCCCCUUUUCUGGACCUGGACACUCAGAUCUCCAUGGCCCCUGUAUCAGACAGUCCUGAGUCAUCGGUGGAGGAGUUGCACUCGUCCUCCCACUCCAUCUCCGGCUCCCAGCAUUCACUUGAACCGCCACCAGCAUCAAAUCCUUCAAAGGGCUCUGCUCCCUGCCACCAGCAGCCCAGAGACAACCUCCCGGAGGAGCCACGUGCAGAUCAGAAGGAGGAGGGGGAGCUGGAUCAAACUCUUUCCAGUCCCAUCAUCACAUCGCACGAUUUGGAUACUACCACGGAAAACCUCAGCGGCUUUCCAACCCCGGCCUCUCAGGGAGACAUUCCCAAUGGCACAGACACACCGAGAUGGAGUCCAGAGUCCACCAAUCUGGAUUCGACUGUGGAUGAGGGUCGACCUCUGAUAGGCCCCCCGCCAGAGAGCGUGGAGCUGACUGUGUGGAGCCCAGAGGGGCGGGGAGAGACUUGUGAGGUCGCAGAGGAGGCUUCAGAUCGGGGACGAUGCUGCUGCCGCUGCUGCCAAUGUCGGUGCUGUCAGAGUGGCCGAGUUCCCGCUUUCCUCUCAGUCCUGGCCUCUCUUCUUUGUGCAUCAGGGAUCCUCUAUGCACUCUAUUCCUACGUCCCUAUUAAACCACCUGACUAUCCUGACACACCGAGCCGCAUCGUCUUCACCCUGUGCUGCUGUGUGGUGGCGGCUGUCCCCAUCCUACUCGCGAUGAUCAUGGGUGCAAUGUGCCAGUUCUGCACAGCCUCCUUUGAUCUAACGGACUCAAUUCCCAGACGACGGGCAGUGCAGCAGCUGUUUGUCCGGGCGUCCAUGGAGCAGUUACUUCUCUACAUCCUCAACCUUGUCGUCAUGGCCACUUUACUGCCUCAAGACCAGCUGAAGUUGGUGCCGGUACUGGUUGCCAUGUUUGUUUUAGGAAGGCUUGUUUACUGGGUCAGCCUGAAUGCGUGCAGCUCUUGGCGAGGUUUCGGCUCCGGUCUGACCUUCUUCCCACUUCUGGCCAUGGUUGCUCUCAAUCUGUUCCUCAUCUACAACCUGAAUCUCAAAGAACCACUUCUUGGCUCUCAGGACAUCCUCUAUAACCAGGUCACCCCCUCUUCCGGGUCAGGGGAGACAUCACAAAGUCCGAGUGGCAAACCAGACAUCCCCACAGACAUCCUGGACUCUCAGUGAGGAGGCAAGCCCAGCUUUUCUUCUUCGGAGAGGAGGAGAUCUUUCUAAAAAUAGUCCAUUCCUGUGGUCUGCUGUUCAGCACAGCAACACACGCUGCCACUAUAACCUCCAACGUCUGUGACAGUUUAACUUGUAUUUCUGCCCCUCCUAUACAGGACCUUUUUAUGUGGAUUCAUGCUUAUUAUCUGGAACAAAAGAGCUCUUUCAAUGCUUGUGUCAGAGACAGACUUUGAACAAUGCUGUGGUCUUAAAACAUUUGUCCCUUUAAGCUAUUCCAGUGCCUAUAUUUAAUGUUUGGAACUCUAAAGUACUUAAACGCUCUGUUAUAUGUGUGGCUGAAUUUGUUUUGACCUUAAAACACCACAAGCAGCUUGAGUUGAAGGACUGCAUUAUUAUUUCAACUGUUCAAAAAGUUUGUACAUGAUGAAGACAAAAUAAAAGCUGUUUGUAAAAGUCGA